UUCGUGCCCCGAUUUUUUCGUGUUCGAGACGCGCAGGGAGGGGGGAAGAGAUUGAGGUGGUGGGAGGAUCGGAAUAGGAUCUGGUGCCCCCCUCUCGUCGUGGUUGCGCUCUCAUCAACUCGACUCGACCGGUAAUCGAUCGCGACUGCCGCCACCGCAACAUUCUCAUUUCUCUCUCUCGUCCCCGCCCCACCCCCACCCACCACACCACACCCCCGUCUCCGCGCGAAAAUUCCCACGCCACGCGCGCCGGAAGAGAGGGAAGGCUUUUCCUCCGUUCUCCGCCCACGCGCCGUCAUCGCUGCCCGCCUUUCUUCCUCCGCUUUGUUUGGGCCGGAGCGGGGGGCGCACCGGCGCCGGCGACGUCUCUCUUCCGAAUCGGGAGGCGGGAGCCAGUUCAUGGAAUCUGGUGGAAUUGAUGCUCAAGUCAGAGCAAUCGAGCAGCGCACAAGAUUGGAGAUUCCUAUACGUGAUUGAGAUUGCAAAUGUGGCGCCUGUUCAAUGAGUUGUGGGAUGUUCUAGGAUCUGGGUUUUUCUCAUCGAGGUUUCUUUAAUCCAGCUCAAAUCUAUUUACACCUCAUCCGUUUGCACCGAGAUCAUCUCUGUGUGUGUGGUCACCGUGAGAUUAGGAGGAGAUGGACGAGGAGGAUUACUCGUGGGUUCGGCGGACAAGGUUCUCCCACUCCGUCGUCCGCUCCAAGUCCGGCAGGGAGCAGUUCGGUGCAUUCGUCGAGCAGUUCAACCGCGGCGCGGCACGGAGGCAGAGAGGGCCCGGUUCAGGGUUCAUGCUCCAUGGCCUCAACUUGGAACCGAGGGCGAGGCUCCCAGCCACCACCUCGGCGAAUUCCUCCGUUCCGAGGACGACAGGAUCGUCGAAUGCUCAGCCAUCGUCGGAGACGAAGCCAGCUUCGUCGUCCUCGGACGCCAAACUGGAGCAGCACGAGAAGAGCCUCAACUUGGAACCAAGGACGAGGCUCUCGGCCACCACCUCGGCGAAUUCCUCUGUUCCGUGGACGACAGGAUCGUCGAAUGCCCAGCCGUUGUCAGAGACAAAGACAGCUUCGUCCUCCUCGGACGCCAAACCGGAGCAGCAAGAGAAGCCUCGUGAUCAUCAGCCGUCGCAAGAAGUGUCCACCAAGCAGGAUGAUAAGGCUGAAAAUGACACGAAGGCAACAGCCACAUCUGGGCCUCUCGAGUUCUCCUUCCAUCCUGAUGAGCAAACCUUGAGGCUGCAGAGGGCGUGUUCCAGCCCUGUUCCUUUCCCAAGCAACAAGAACAUGCUGGUGGCUGAUGCUGCAGCACGUAGCUCAUCUCUCAAGGUUGCCGGCGAGGGGCCGAAGCCGAAGCCGAAGCAGAGAGCAAGGUCCCCUCCCCUGCGUCGUGACGUUCCUGAGCUGUUCAAGGAGGCCAAAUCGUCAAGCAAGAGGUUUUCCACACCGCCACCGCGCCGGAAGCCUUCGUCUCCACCGGCGCCGAGCAGGAGCCCUCCUCAUGUCUUUGCCACGGCGAGAGCGCAUGGCAAGCCGAAGCAUAAGAAGGAUUCCUCUGCCAAUGGAAGGGCGAAGGUCGCCGCACUUGAGGUGCUCGAGAAAUGGACCGUCGAUCGCUCGCAGCUGCUCAUCGGGCACAGGUUCGCCUCCGGGGCGCACAGUCGCUUGUUCCAUGGAAUCUACAAGGAGCAGCCUGUCGCCGUGAAGUUCAUCAGGCAACCUGAGGAUGAGGAAGAUGCAGAGCUGGCCGCGCAGCUUGAAAAGCAGUUCAACACGGAGGUCACCACACUGUCCCGCCUGAACCAUCCUAAUGUCAUUAAGCUGAUUGGAGCAUGCAGUAGCCCACCUGUCUUUUGUGUCAUCACCGAGUUUCUUUCUGGGGGUUCUUUAAGAACAUUUCUGCACAAGCAGGAGCACAAAUCUCUACCUUUAGAGAAGAUCAUUUCAAUUGGUUUGGAUAUUGCAAAUGGCAUUGGAUAUAUUCACUCACAAGGAGUUGUUCAUCGUGAUGUGAAACCAGAGAACAUCAUAUUUGAUUCAGAAUUUUGUGCGAAGAUUGUUGAUUUUGGAAUAUCUUGUGAAGAAGCAGAGUGUGACCCUCUGGCGAAUGACACUGGGACUUUCAGAUGGAUGGCUCCAGAGAUGAUGAAGCACAAACCUUAUGGUCGAAAGGUUGAUGUUUACAGCUUUGGCCUUAUCUUAUGGGAAAUGUUUACCGGGUCGGUACCUUAUGAAGACUUGAAUCCAUUCCAGGCAGCUUUUGCUGUUUUUGAUAAGAACGAGAGGCCGGUCAUCCCCAGUAGCUGCCCUGCGCCACUACGGCUUCUAAUUGAGCAAUGUUGGGCCUCGCAACCAGAUAAAAGGCCUGAAUUCUGGCAAAUAGUACAGAUAUUGGACAAGUUUAAGGCGGUUCUAGAUAAAGAUGGAACACUGGACAAUAUGCCAUGCUUAAACUUGCAAGGAACUCAUGAUCACAAGAAUUGGCUAGCUCACUGGGUCCAGAAGCUCAAACAUACCCAUCAUGAUCUCUCUGGACCUCCGCCACCAAAAUUGAUGUAGUUAAUCCUCUCCCUUCCAAACUAUGCUAAUCGGAUAGGCCUCAGAAUGUAACUGUCAAUUUUUUGCUUUGUUAUAUAGGAAAAAUAUAUGUGUUUGUCUUCGCGAUUUUAUAGCACAGUAAACAUUUGCUUAGCUUUGCUAGUGACAUUUUCUUCUUUUUGUUUCGUCUGUUACACUGUUUGAUACAAGUGACAGAAAUGUCUCUAUGCAAUUCCUUGAAAAUUGUUUCUUC